UCGUGCCUAGUCUCACUUCCUCUGCAGAAAACAUGGCUGCGCUGACGCCAUGUUCAAGAUGACAAAGAAUUACUAAAACAGGAUUAACAUCCUGACUCCACUGCAAUAACAACCUACUAAACAACAAAACCAACCUUCCCUUUUUACGAAUUUAAGUUGUUUUGUUCCGUAGGGUGAGAAAGCUUCAAAGAAAUUUGGAGCUUUCGAUAUCGACUUUAUGGAAUAAUAUGAAUCUAGACUCGCUCUCAUUUGCCUUAGCUGAAAUAAGUUAUUCGGUGGCAAAUCUUACGAAGAAAAACUUCAGGUCCAGUGUUGCUGAAAUAAAUCACUUGGUGGGACAGCACGGAGCAGAGGCUGAUCGGCACCUGUUUCGCUGUCUCUUCUCCCACAUUGACUUCAGCAGUGAUGGUAAAAGUGCUGGCAAAGAUUUCCAUCAGAUACAGUUCUUGAUACAGGAGUGUGGUACGCUACUCAGCAAGCCAAACUUCGUCUCUACAUUGUGUUUUGCUAUAGAGAGUCCUCUACAUCACCAGAAGACUUUAAAACCCUCGACUCAGCUGUUCCCACAGAUCAGUAAGAUCCUACGACUGACCCGUGUGCAGGAAGUUGUGUUUGGACUCGCACUUCUGAAUUCUACGAGCUCAGAACUCCGAAAUCACUCCACGCAGUUUGUGAAGCAGAAGCUACCAGACCUACUACGUUCCUACAUAGAUGCAGACUCAGCUGUGAGGCAGGAAGGUGGGCUGCAGGAUAUUGCUAUAGAGGUGCUACAUCUCCUCUUGGCACAUCUGGUCCACUCCAAGGAACAGUUCGGCAUUGGAUCAGAACAGAAGGAGGCCUUCUUCUCUACUCUAAGAAAAGAUUUCCCUCGCGACCGCGUUCCGGUUGUUAUUGGCCCACUGCUCUACCCGGAGACUGACGACAUCUCCGUGGAUAAGCUAGUGUUUGUAACCAGCAUGCCCAAGACCCAUCUGGAUGCCUCACUAGCAGACAUGAUGCAAGAAUAUGACUUCUCUUGCACAGCCAGCAUUGAAGCAUGUCGGGGCCUGCUCCUGGAGUUUGGAGCUCGAGACCUGAGCCCGGCAGUGGUGGCGCGGGUGUUCGGCAUGAUGGCUAAGAACCCUUCCAGUCUUCCAGACCAACCCACACAGGUGAACACUGCACCGGGCAGUGGGUGGGGCGACAUUGGCAAAGAUAAGAUGGACCAGCCUGGUGUGAACACAUGGAAUGUGGAGAACUUUGUGCAGUGCAUACAGGACUUGGCUCCCAACAUUAACUGGCGUGAGGUGGUGGGGGAGCUGGACUACCCUCAGUUCUUUGUGGCCAACAAGCGGGGCCUACACGUGCUCAAGAAGGGGCUCAUUCUGGGGCUACAGGAGAUCUUCCCCGUCGAAUAUCUUUACAGGCUGUGGAAGAAUACGGAGGGACAGCUCUCGUUCAUUAUCCAAUCCCUGCGCAAUCCUGACGUGUUCUGCUUCGCUGACUACCCGUGUCACUCUGUGGUCAUUGACAUCCUGAAGACACCACCGGACGACGAGAAACGAGAGAUCGUCACAUGGAAAUCCCUGGACCUGGUAGAGGUGCUACUGCGCCUGUCGGAGGUGGGACACUAUCAGCAGGUCCUGGAACUCUUCAAGUUCCCUGUACAGAACUGCCCUGACAUGCUGGUCCUUGCGCUACUGCAGAUUUCUCCGACAUGGAACACCCUGAAGCAGGAGCUGAUCUCCAUGCUGAUGCCUCUGUUCCUUGGCAACCACCAGAACUCUGCAGUGGUGCUGCACUACGCCUGGCACUGCCAGGGCCACUCGAGCACCAUCCGCACCCUCAUCAUGCACUCGAUGGCCGAGUGGUACAUGAGAGGGGAGCCCCACGACCAGACCAGGCUCUCACGGAUACUGGAUGUGGCUCAGGACCUUAAGGCCCUCUCUAUGCUGCUCAACGCCACACCGUUUGCAUUCGUCAUUGACCUGGCCUGCCUGGCCUCGCGCAGGGAAUACCUCAAACUGGACAAGUGGCUGGGAGACAAGAUAAGAGAACACAGGGAGCCGUUCAUCCAGAUGUGUGUGACGUUCCUGAAGCGUCGCUGCCCCCAGUUGGUCGGUGGUUUCCCCAAGGAGGACCUCAAGAGUCAGCAGUUGCCCCCAGAAACCAUCAAGGUCAUGUUGACCUGUCUACAGCAGGUUGCAGGAAGUAUCAAUCAGGAGUUAGCGGAGGUCAUACUGACAAUGAUUAACAACGCCAGCAUGCUGAUGAAGCAGUGGCAAAGCUCAGUCGGACCGAAACCUCCCAACCCUGGCACUCCGGGACAAGCGAUGGGUCCCGGACCGGGUGUGCCACUUGGGCCAACAGGAAUUCAGGGCAAUCCCGGCCUCAGCAUGGGUCUGGGAAUGGGUCAGAACACCAUGGGCUCUGGAAUGGCUGGAAAUACAGCCUCACAGCAGGUGGGAAUGUUGGAUCAAGUGGACAAGCUGGGUAUUCCCAACUCAUGGGGUGUGCCUGGUCAGGCCAGUACAGGGUUUGCGGGCCUUGGUGCACCCAACAACGCCACUCCGGGCUCUCCUGCCAAGGGCUUCCCUACUGCGGGCUCCAAUGCCAGCUUCACUGGAAUCCAGAACCUCACCUCACAGCUGCAGAACCUGCCAAUGCCAUCCUCCUCGGGGCUGCCAGGCAUGGGGACACAGCGUGCGCCCAGUGUUAACACCCUCGGCUCUCUGAGUGCCCAGCAGGUGAUCAAACAACAGACCCCGCAGCCCCCAAAUCCCCUUGGGCAAUCACAGCAACAACAGCAGCAGCAACAACAGCAGCAGCAGCAAACCAUGCAGCAGCCACAAGCCCCGUCAGACAUAUUCAGCCUGAUUCCAAACUUCCGUCAGUCGUUCAGCAUUGAGGUGGAGGAUGAGGCGAACCUGUACUUCCAGCGUAUCUACAACCAGCCACCCUACCCCACCAUCUCCAUCGACGAGGUCCUCGAGACACUCAAACGAUUCAAGGACUCGGCCAUUAAGAAAGAGAAGGAAGUACACGAGUGUAUGCUGAGAAAUCUCUUUGAUGAGUACCAGUUUUUCCCAAAAUACCCGGACCGGGAGCUUCACACCACUGCCUUGCUGUUUGGGGGCAUCAUUGAGAAAGGACUGGCCACGUACAUGACCCUUGGCCUGGCUCUGCGCUAUGUACUUGAAGCACUGAGGAAACCACAUGGUACCAAGAUGUACUUCUUUGGUAUCGCUGCCCUGGAUCGCUUCAAGACAAGGCUCAAGGAUUAUCCGUCGUAUUGUCAGCAUUUGGCGGCCAUUCCACACUUCAGUCAGUUUCCUCAAACACUGAUAGAGUACGUGGAGUACGGAGGCAGGAACCAGGAGCCCCCCAGCAUGCUGCCUGCCCCACCCAGCACCCGCAGUCUCACCCCUGUCUCUGCCAGCCUGAACCUCCUGGGGGGCCAGUCCAUGUUCAACGUCAACCUGACCUCGUCAGCUGCUGGGUCAGGGUCGCUGGGGUCCAGCUCCCUGGACUCCUUUAACGCUUUGAUGAACAUGGCUGCUACAAUGACGUCCACGCCCACCACCACGGUUACUGUGACGACGUCAGCCAUGUCGGCUCCCACCACAACCACGUCUGCUACGAAAUCUCAGCAGAUGCCUAAGCCCUCAAUUGCCAAUGCCACCAACAUUGACACACUGCUAGCCGGCCAGAGCAAGGAAGAGCUGGUCGUACCAGCAGAGUCCAUUCAGGAUCGGGUGUUCUUCAUCUUCAACAAUCUCUCCCUAGCAAACAUGACACAGAAGUGUGAUGAACUGAAGAAGGAGGUGAAGGAAGAGCACAGGCAGUGGGUGGCCCAGUACCUCGUGAUGAAGAGGGCCAGCAUUGAGCCCAACUUCCACACACUCUACGCCAACUUUGUGGAGGCCCUCAACAUCAAGGAAAUCACUGACAUGGUCGUCCUGGAGACGUUCAGAAAUAUCAAGGUGUUGCUGCGAAGUGACAAAGGUGAUGCCAACUUCUCUGACAGGACCUUGCUGAAGAACCUCGGACACUGGCUGGGAAUGCUUACACUGGCCAAGAACAAACCCAUCCUCCAUAUUGAUAUUGACUUGAAGUCCCUUGUUUACGAGGCGUACCACAAAGGGGCUAGAGAACUUCUGUAUGUCGUUCCGUUUAGCGCCAAAGUGCUCGAGUCUUGCCACAAAAGCAAGGUAUUCCGCCCGCCCAAUCCCUGGACCAUGGGCAUCAUGAACGUGUUGGCAGAGCUGCAUCAAGAACCCAAUCUGAAACUGAACCUGAAGUUUGAGAUUGAAGUGCUCUGUAAAACACUCAACCUGGAACUCCAUGAUUUAAAGCCCGGCAAUUACCUGAAGGACACAAGUCGACUGACCACCCUGGAACCUCAGCUCUCCGUGUCAAAACCCAUCAUGCCUGUCCCUCAACCCAUCUCUACGCCUCAACCAGAACCACCCCUAGCUGGUCCAGUUCUAACGAACGUGACGCCGACAGUCUCUGCGCCGCCACCACCUCCGAUGGCAGCAUCCACUACGCCGAGCUCUACGCCCAGUCUUCCGGCAGAACAGAUGUUUGCAUAUGAGGAUAUCAACAUCACGUCCUUGGCAGGUCUUGCCCAACAUAUCAACUACAGUGAUCAAAUGCUUGGUGUGUUCCAAGCUAAUCCACAGCUGAAGCAGUUUGUUCGCCAUGCCCUGGAAAGAUCUGUCCAGGACAUUCUGCCCCCUGUUGUUGAACGGACACUGAAGAUUGCACUGCGAAAUUGUGAACAGAUCCUUAAGAAGGACUUUGCCCUUGACCCCGACGAGAACCGGAUGCGUCAGGCAGCCCGUCACAUGAUCAGCAGCACGACCUCAGGUCUUGCUCUGUACACCUGCAGGGAACCACUGUUCACAGCCAUCUCCAAUAACCUAAAGAACGCUUUUAUGACAAUGGUUCAAAACCCGACCCAGCAGCAGAAGGAGAUGAUCGAGCAGGCUGCCCAAAUCAUUGCCACGAACAACACGGCCCUGGCCAGCGCCUUCAUACAGAAGACUGCCGUGGAGAGAGCAAUACCUGAGAUUGAGAAAAGCCUCGCUGCUGACUUCGAAAGCCGUAAGGUGGCUCGGGAGAAAGGUAUCCGGUACUGCGACCCGGUCGUGUUGACCUACCAGGCUGAGCGGAUGCCGGAGCAGAUCCGGCUCAAAGUGGGUGGGGAGACGCCUCAACAGAUCGCAGUGUAUGAGGAGUUUGCCAGGAACAUUCCCGGGUUCCUGCCCAUCAUGGAGUCACCCAUGCAGGCUGUGGUCACUAAGCCUGUGCCUUCAUACCCUACAACGGAGGCAGUGUUUGAGAAGGUAGCCAUGGAGCUGGAGCAGCAUCUUCAGCAGACGAUGACCACGCCCUCAUCCAACCCCCUCGUGGUCCAGAUCAGGGGUCUACUAGAGGCCGUCAUCACGGCGAUGACCACCCUUGACAUGAGCUCGGCCAACGCACUGCUGCAGAAGGCCGUGGAAGGUUUUAUGGAAUUGUACACUCCAAUGACCCCUGACCAGAAACUGAUGCUGAGAUUCCGCGAGUGUCACCUGUUGGUACUGAAGGGGCUUCAACAGGACCAGAGGGCCUUUGGACCCCAGUGGACUAAACAGAUCACCAGGUGUCUGAUAGAGUGCGUGCAUGACAACAACCGCUUCAACAUUGAGGCAGUGGACGUGCUGAUCCGGUCUGGGCUGGUUAGCGUGCCCCAGUACGACGUGUACCUGUGUCAGCUGAUGGAGGACAACAACAUGAUGGCCAUCUCCUUGGCCAUGCAGCUCGUCCAGAGAUACUGCAUUGACGAUAAGGCUAACUCUUCAGUCACUGAGGCUGACUUCUGCAACACUAUCGAGUUCCUGAACCUGUUGGCUGCUAAGAUGAGACAGCCCCCAUCUGAGUUGACCAACCUCCUGGAUGGCCUCCGUCAGUCUGCCACCACUGUGAGUGCAGCGGACUACGGCAUGCUAGAUCGGCCUCUCCGUGGACCCACGUCCAUGAUGCAGUCCGGGAUCAGCCAGGCCCGGGAAAUCGAGGACCCUCCCGGACUUCCGGAGAAGACCGAGUACCUGCUCCGGGAAUGGGUCAACAUGUACCACUCACCUGCCGCUGGCCGCGACAGCACUAAGGCCUUCUCCUUGUUUGUUCAACAGAUGCAUCAGCAGGGUAUACUGAAGACAGACGACCUGAUCACCCGUUUCUUCCGUCUGUGCACGGAGAUGUGCGUUGAUCUGUGCUACCGAGCACUGUCAGAGCAGGCCCAGACACAGAACGUCGCCAUGACACGCAAUAAGUGCUUCCCGACGCUGGACGCCUUCGUGAGGCUGAUCAUGCUGCUUGUGAAGCAUUCUGGAGAUAACUCCAACACCAACACAAAGAUCAAUCUGCUGAACAAGGUGCUGGGCAUAGUGGCUGGGGUGUUGCUCCAGGACCAUGAGGUGAGGGGAGAGGAGUUCCAACAGCUGCCCUAUCACAGAAUCUUUAUCAUGCUCUUUAUCGACCUGAACGGGCCAGAACAUGUCCUAGAAGUGAUUAACUUCCAGAUAUUGACAGCUUUCUGCAACACUUACCACGUUCUGCGUCCGACCAAGGCGCCUGCGUUUAUGUUUGCGUGGCUGGAGCUCAUAUCCCAUCGUGUGUUCAUCGGGCGCAUGCUAUCACUGACACCACAACAGAGGGGUUGGGGAAUGUAUGCCCAGCUGUUGAUAGACCUCUUCAAGUUCCUCUACCCGUUCCUGAGAAAUGCUGAGCUUACACAGCCCAUACAUUUCCUAUACAAGGGCACACUGCGGGUCCUGCUAGUCUUGCUGCACGAUUUCCCAGAAUUCCUGUGCGACUACCACUAUGCGUUCUGUGACGUCAUCCCACCCAACUACAUCCAGAUGCGCAACCUGAUCCUGAGUGCGUUCCCCCGUAACAUGCGCCUGCCAGACCCGUUCACUCCGAACCUGAAGGUUGACAUGCUGCCAGAGAUCCAGCACGCGCCUAGGAUCCCGCUGAACUUUGCAAACAUGAUCACGCCGAAUUCCUUCAAGAUCGAUUUGGACUCGUACCUGAAGACCCGUUCACCCGUGACCUUCCUAUCGGACCUGCGUAUAAGCUUACAGUCAAAGGAGCCGGGCUCACGCUACAACAUCCCGCUGAUGAACGCGCUGGUGCUGUACGUGGGCACGCAGGCUAUCACCCACAUUCACACUAAGGGGCUAACCCCCAGUAUGAGCACCAUUGCUCACUCCUCACACAUGGAUAUAUUCCAGAACCUGGCUGUCGACCUCGACACAGAGGGGCGCUACUUGUUCCUGACGUCCAUUGCUAACCAGCUGCGCUACCCCAACAGCCACACCCACUACUUCAGCUGCACCCUGCUGUACCUGUUUGCAGAGGCCAAUACUGAGGCCAUUCAGGAGCAGAUCACAAGAGUGUUGCUGGAGCGUCUGAUUGUCAACCGGCCCCACCCCUGGGGACUGCUCAUCACCUUCAUCGAGCUCAUCAAGAACCCGCAGUUCAAGUUCAUGAACCACGAGUUUGUCCACUGUGCUCCUGAGAUAGAGAAGUUGUUUGAGUCGGUGGUGCGAUCCUGCGUAAUUCAGUCCAAGACGACCGUGACACCGUCACGUGAUCAAGACACCAGCGAUCUGCAUUGAGCUUACAGCGAGAAUCAAUGACUGACUGACAGAGAUAAAUACUGCAAACUAUUUGUCAAAUCAAUUGCUACAAAUUAUUAAGUUUGUGUAUCAUGCUGCUAUUGGCAUACAGGCACCAUUGUCUGGUCUUUUUGUAAAUAGUCACUUAUGCAUUUAAUUAAAAGCAAUUGGUUAAUAUAUAAGAAUGUCCUUAGUGUAAACUGUUUUUUUUCUUCUGGGUUUUCAUUUCAUAAUCUAGAAUGAAUUGAUGAUUAUACUUUUGGGUAAUUUGUGUGCUUUUGGAAAUCAAAUUAAGAGAUGUGUAAUAAUCUUAAUAUUAUUCCUGAGUGCAUAAAGUUAGAGAACUUAUUUUUGUGUGUGAUCGCCUUUUGUAUGUCAUGUGACGUCAACAUUUGCCUUGUUAACACUCUAAUUCAAAGUAAACUAUUACCAUUAAUUUGGAGAUUAUGCAUAUACAAAUGAAUUACACUAUAGUAUUGGCUUGUAAAAGGCAUUCUUUGAAUAUAUAUCUUUAUUUGAGUAUUUGACAUGUUGAUGUUAUGGUGUGACUGUAUAAGUGACAAUUGUUAUGCAUCAAAGUGCAUUUGUAUAAGCUGAGUAUAUGUAGUUAGUGGGAAUACAUUUAUGAAUAUGUGGUGUUCAGAUGGUGUUAGAAGUUCGUGUUAAAUAUAAGCUAUCUGUGUAGUUUGCGCUUUUCUUUCAAUAAAAAUGCAAUUAUA